GCAAGUCAGUGCUUGUGGCGCGGGGUGAUGGGAGUGCGGAGCUGCGGGCGCUCGCCUGCGCUGUGCGUCCCAGCAGCGGGACCUCCCCAACCUGCAGGGCACAGUGAUGGGCGGUACGGGGCAGUGAGGAGGAGGAGGGAGCAGAUUCUGCACCCCAGGAGCACGGCUGGAUGAGAAAAUGCUGCCGUGCUGAUGGAAAGCAGAAUCUCAAGGAAGUCGCCAGUGGGAGUCUGAGUGAGGAUUUCACAACCUAGUCCCUGGUGAGGAGAGCGAGCUGCCUGCUGCCCGGUGCUGUGAGAUAAAGGAGAUCCAAGAAGCGCUGAAUCGCUGACGCUACGGCACAAAGUUCUUAAGGAGCGGUGCCUUCAGCAUGGCCUACAAAAGCCAGGAUGGUGGGAUUGAGAAAAACAGCUCGCUUUCCUCCGUCCUGUAUUGUAAGAGUGAUUUGAAGGAAGGAUCCCCGCAGUGGGUGAAAGAACCCCGCAAUGGCCAGGUGCUCAUGGUGCUCAGCAUGGACAACACUUGCUCAUCUGCCUCCUUCGACAUGGAGCUUUGUGCAGAGAAACUCCAGUCCCUGGGUGUUCAGGCAAUCCGUGAUUCUUGCUCCUGGUUCCCUGAGCAGGCGGCAGCGGGUGAGUGGAGGAGGCUGAUCGAGGAGGCAGUCCUGAAGCCCGAAGUGAGGCGAUACCUCUUCUACAACUCCAGGGCAUUCCAGAUAGCCAUUGCUGUGAUUUUCUACAUGUCUCUCUGGAUAAAUAUUUACACCACAGUCCAGCUCUGCUCCUUUGGGCGCUACUGGGAGGCCAGCGUGCUGGUGACUGUGGCUGCUGUGGCUGUCACUGUGGUUGUGAUCCUGGUCAUCGACCACCGCCAGAGAAAGAUAAAUAUGAAUACAGACGUGCGGCUGGCAGCUGUCAAUGAAUUCUUUAUCAAACACAGCUUAAUUCUGGGGAUUACUGAUGUCCUGGAUGGGCCACACAGCAUCCUCCAAUUGUGGUUUGUGCAUUUCAGCCCUGAGCGCUGCCUUCAGUCCCUGUCAGCCCACAUCACAGAGCUGCGACAGGCACCAGAGCUGGGCUGGCGGCACAGGCUGGACCAGCUCUGUGUGGUGAUGGAGGUGGCUGUUCCUGCAGCAGAGGACACUUCGUGCGAGGAAUCACCUCUCCUAUCCGGUGGGGAGAGCUUCAAGAAAGAGCCCAUGAUGUGCAACGAGCUGCUCCACCUCAUCCCUGAGGGCCCCCCAGAGGUGAUGGCCCAGCAGCUCCUGGUGAUCUUCAGUGCCUGCUAUGUGCGGUUGCUGGUCAGCGGCCGGCUGCCCCGUCCUGUGCUCUCUGGGCACAUGGAGGGCAGCUGUGUGCCCUGCCUUUGCCAGUUCAUCCAGGCCUCUGUGCUCAGCACAGAGCGCUGCUGGCUGCCGGGCAGAGGGCUGCGGGGGGCUGAAGGGCAAGCACAGCGGUGUGAAGAGACAGAGAAGGCUGUCACCACUCAUCCCGGACUCUGGAAGAAGGAGUGGAAAUAGGACUCUAAUAAAGCAUGCAAACUUGCCAUGCAUUCA